AUGAAUUUUUCACUCGCAGUCGAUACCCCAUUCAACACCGUCCUCGUCUCCCCUGACGGACACCCUGUCUACCGUGUCGACACGCCUUAUUAUUUUACUACCUCGACCACGACCGUGAAAAAAAUACAGAGGGGGGGCGAGAUGGAUCCUGAAAUUGGGAGAAUCGAAUGGCAGUCGGCUCACGCUGCCAUCGUGCGCAUAGGUCUUCGGGACGUCGUCGUGCACAGGAGUAAGCUGUUUGGCUCUUCAAGGACAUUCAUUGCUGUAAACGGCCAAUCAUACAAAUGGAAAUUCCGCGAAGGUUCAUCCUGGCUUUCAAGUAAUGACAGCAAGAAAGCUCCAGCGGCUACUUUCACCCCUCUCAGUGGUCAUAACCCCGCUCUUCUGCACGUCACGCCGCACGGAAUGACCAUCCUCGAAGACGUGAUAGUCACAUUUCUCUACGUGGAAGGUGAACGGCGAAAUUCAGAAAAGAAGGGGACCUCAUGACUGUAAAAGUCUGGAGCAAAUACUCCAUCUGCAUGUGCGAAGAAUGUAUUCUCAUACUCACGGCAGCCGUACACCCCCAAAACGAACUUGUCUACACUGCUACUUUUACAGGGAAUCUUUCGCUGCUGGUCUUUUAUCGUUUUCGGAGUAGUCGUUUUAUUUCCGACCUUGCGAAGUUGUCCAAUGGAACGGUUGACAUUUGCUAGUCAUACACGUUCUUUCUCGUUUAUUUGUCAUACAUACCCUAUGCUUGCUUGAUAGAUGUCGCCGUUGAAUAGCCUUUUUGUUUACAUUGUAGUAUCAUCCCGAUCUGCAGAGCAAUACAAUAAGAUCGAAU